CCCACCUCAGUUCUCAGUUUCUUCCUAGGAAGAAGAGAGAAAGGCCAGGAAGGUCCCCUGGCCUGUCUGCAAGUGUCAGAUUUCAAACUCAGCUUUAGCCACUCAGAGAGCAGUGCAAUGCUGGGGACCUGCCUCAGACUCCUGGUGGGUGCUCUGUGCAGUGUCUGCAGCCUGAGCUCUGUUAGAGCCUAUCCAGACACCUCCCCAUUGCUUGGCUCCCACUGGGGAAGCCUGGCCCACCUGUACACGGCUACAGCCAGGAACAGCUACCACCUACAGAUCCAUAAGGAUGGCCAUGUGGAUGGCACGCCCCAUCAGACCAUCUACAGUGCCCUGAUGAUUAGAUCAGAGGACCCCGGCUUCGUGGUCAUAACAGGAGCCAUGACUAGAAGGUUCCUUUGUAUGGAUCUCAGAGGCAACAUUUUCGGAUCGCAUCAAUUCAGCCCAGAGAACUGCAGGUUCCGCCAGUGGACGCUGGAGAACGGCUAUGACAUCUACCUGUCGCCACAGCACCACUACCUGGUGAGCCUGGGCCGCGCCAAGCGCAUCUUCCAGCCUGGCACCAACCCGCCGCCCUUCUCGCAGUUCCUGACGCGCAGGAACGAGGUCCCGCUGCUGAGCUUCUACACCGCGCGGCCGCGGCGCCACACGCGCAGCGCCGAGGACCCGCCCGAGCGCGACCCGCUGAACGUGCUUAAGCCGCGCCCACGGGCCACGCCCGUGCCGGUGUCCUGCUCACGGGAGCUGCCGAGCGCCGAGGAAGGCGGCCAGGUGGCCAGCGACCCGCUGGGCGUACUGCGCAGAGGCCGCGGGGACGCGCGCGGGGGCGCCGGAGGCGCAGAUCCCUGCCAUCCCUUUCCCAGGUUCAUCUAG